UUGGAAUAGGAAAGGCAAACAACAAAAUUAAUGAAAUUGAAAUGUGAAGUAGUGCCAAACUACUCACAUAGUCUAAUGAUGAGACCCUUAGUAGAUGCUCUUUUGGGAAGUGACAGUUCUCGAGUUUGAUCCUUAUCAAGGUCCAUUAUGGUGCUCUCAAAGACAUUUAAUGGGGAUCUUUGUGGAGGACUCGAGAGGCUCUCAAACAGGUGAACUUUCAAAUUUGAUCUCACUCCGCCAUCGCUCAAGUUGUGUGUUGAUUUUUUUCUCAACCCUCUAUGUUUAUAUGUUUGGUUCAAUUCUCUGCCGUUUUGUUGUUUCAUGAUGAAAACUGAAACCAUGACUUCCUAAUAAAAAAAUAAUUGAAAAAUAGUCUACGUAAACGCAAUUAAUGUAUGCUAACCAAAUGAUUAAUGUCACUUUUUAAAAACUUAUCACAAUCGCCAAACUCGCACUUAAAAAUGAAUAUUUAAAGAACUAAUAGUAAUAUAGUGAAUAUAUGCACCAAUCUCUACCUGUACACCCUAUCAAAUUCUCUAACCCAACCCUAACUAAAUGAGCAAAAUCUUAUACAAGAGCACUUCUACUAUGCUAUAUAGUAUUGGUGCUUUAAUGUACAACUUAAAGUUGUACCAUAACAUUAAAUGUAUAAGUUUAGAUUGUACCAUAAAGCAAUUUGUACCAUUAUGUUAUGGUACAACUUUACAACUUGAAGUUGUACCAUCACAUAAAAGUACAAGUUCAAGUUGUACCAUAAAAGAAUUUGUACAAAAAGUAUAGGUAUAAUCUGAAGUUGUACCAUAACGUAAAUGUACAAUUUUAAAUUGUACCAUAAAGACAAAAUCCUAUAACACCAAUACUAUAUAACAUUGUAAAAUUUCUCCUUAUACAAAAGUAUAAUCUCUGGUUUCUCACAUUAUCUAAAGACCCUAUCGCUUCUCUCAUUCCAAAUACACCAAACCAAAUCAUGCAUACCUAAACCAAAAAAUAAUCGGAGUGGAUGUCAGCUAAUCAAUCCCUCACUCACAAGACGGCACAAGCAUCCCCAAAGAUCCUAGGAGCGGCGCAAACUAAGAAAGAGGUCUUUAACAUAUCCAGCCAUGCUAAGCUUAUCCUAGCCCUCCAUUUGCCAAACACAUAAAAUUAAGAAUCAAACAACCUCGUAAUUUUGUAUUCUCAUUCUCUACAGUACUAAUUUUGCAUUAGCAUGAACUAGGAAUAUUUCUUACCGUCUUAUAAAAGCUAGAAAAAUUCUGGCGGUCGGUUUCCACACUAUAACGAGACAACGGCAUGGACCUUAAUUACUUGUAUAAUAAUAUGAUAAUCCUGUAGUCUAUAGAGCACAAAUCAAAGCCAAAGAAUAAUCAAAAGGGCAGGAAUUUGUUUGUCUCCCACCUUCCCACCUAAACCAACCAGUUUCCAGAAACAAGUAAUCAAAAGUUUCAACAGUUGUUUGAGAAAAUGGGUCAUAAUAAGUCAUAACCCAGUUGUUGUUUAGAGUUAAAGGUCCCUUCUUUUCUAAGUUUUCUACAGCGCCAAAUUUCCCUUCUGUUUCCCCCAUUAAUGCUUGGGUUUUAAGUUCUAACAUGCCCUUGUAGUCUUGUGGGGUUGGUGCAGAUUGUCCUGACUUGCUUAUUUCUCUUUCUUUCUCUUUUCGGGUACUGGUAAGUGUACAGCCAGAUAGAUAUUGAUGCUUAGAGAUUAUCAAUCCUUCUGGAGAUUCAUUUCCCCUGCAGAAAAUUCGUCUUUAGAUCUGGGGAAAAACAAAGUAUGAACCCAGCGCAGUCUCAGAAUGUAGGCGUUAAUGGAGUUGGAGAUUCACAGGCUUCAUCUUCAUCUUCAUCUUCUUAUUCUUAUUCACAGGGUGAUGUGGGCAAUGGGAGACCAUCUAAUGAUGAAGUUAAUGGGGCAGGACCAAGCAUUAGGAAGGCUGAUCUUUCUCUUCAAAUACCACCCAGACCAGUAAGUUUUGGAGCUAGCCGAUUUGGGAAAGGAUUGCCGAACUCUCAAACUGCUAGCUCGUCGUCAUCAUCAUCGGGAGGAGGCUUUCUGAGGGCAUUAAGCUUCAAGAAGAGAAAUGGCGGAGGGUCUGUGGGUGAGAGGAGCUCUCUGCUCAACUCAGAAACCUAUUCACAACAACCUCCAGUUAGUCCUAUUAUAGCCAAUCUCAAAUCUGCAUUUUCCAGAUGCACAUCACUUCCACCCGCUUCCGCUUUAUCUCCCACAGUCUCAGUUCAAACUCCUGUUUCAGCUCGAUUGCCCGGUGAAAUUCGUGAAUCGGAGAAAGUUGUAGUUUCAAGGUCUCUUUCUGUUCCGGGGCGAAACUUUGUCAUUGUACGGUCUACAUCCUUUGCUACUCCCAGACAGCAAACCCCUGGUGACUCUUCUAAUGCACAAAUAACUACGGAUUCCAAUGAGGAAGACGAUGAUGAACACAUCCCAGAAGAGGAAGCAGUAUGCAGGAUCUGUCUUGAUGCAUGCGAAGAAGGAAACACGCUCAAAAUGGAAUGUGGGUGCAAGGGUGACCUCCGACUUGUACACGAAUCAUGUGCCAUCAAGUGGUUCAGCACCAAAGGUAACAAGAACUGUGAAGUCUGUUGUCAGGAAGUCAAGAACUUGCCUGUGAUCUUGUUCCGAGUAACAAGCUACGCCCAGUUCAAUGGCAGGCAGCCGCCUGGUGGUAGUCAGAGCUUGAGGGCUCAACAAAUAAGUGCUUGGCAGGAUUUUGUUGUGCUCGUCUUGAUUAGCACGAUAUGCUACUUCUUCUUCCUCGAGCAAUUACUGAUCCGGGACAUGAAGACACAAGCAAUCGUAAUCGCUGCACCAUUUGCAUUUGCUUUAGGCGUCAUGGCAUCGAUAUUUGCAGUCAUCCUAGCGAUCAGGGAAUUCAUAUGGACAUACGCUGCACUCGAGUUUGCACUGGUGGCUGUGACCGUGCACAUUUUCUACUCCGUUCUCGAUCUGGAUGCUAUCUAUGCGAUACUUCUAGCAGCAGUUUUCGGGUUUGCUGCGGCCAUGAGCCUCAACUCGUUGUACGUUCAGUACUUCGUCUGGCGAGCUGGGGCUGCUCGGAAUGCUGCCCUCAAUGCUCCCCCUGUGUGACUUGGAACUGAAAUUUGCGGGGCUAAAAUCUUAUAUGAAGUGGCUGGUGAUAACUGGCAAGAGGCAGUUGUUUGUGUAUAGUCCUUCUUACUGAAGUUCCAAGAUUCCAGGUUGCGAAAAUGGAAAUAGUAGGCAAAUGGCACCACAAUAGUAAGUUUGGAUCGAUGUAGUUGUAGUGUCAACUAACUGGCCUAUGGAAUGGGCCGAUCAGCAAGAAUUAUGGGCUUGUUGGCUGAAUUGGGCCAAUUGAAUCCAUUCCUACAAUUUGACAAAUGGCAAGGAAAUCUGAGCCCUGAGGUAUCAAGGCAAAAUCAUGUCAAAAUCCUUCUCAAUUAUCAGUAGUGAAAUCAAUUGGAGGGAAUCGAGGUAUAGAAGUAAAAUCAAUUUUGAAGUAUGACGAACCUCUAACUGUGUAUUAUGAAGAGUUUCGUCAUUUCCUGAGUCUUGACAACACUUGAUCUAGGUUGGAUUGAACUCAUGUUAUCAGUCUAAAUCAGUUGGUCAUGUAUCCUCGUGAUGUUUAUUUGUUUCUCCUCCUUUAAUUGGAACAACUAGUUAUUUAGCCCGCGCUACGCAGCGGAUUAUUUGAUCUAUUUUUUUUUUAAAAUCGAAUAUGACAUAAUAAUAGAUUAUCAUUUCAAGAUUUUAAUUUUUUUUAUUGGAUAUCUUUUUUGUUCGAUUUAUUUUGUUGAUUAAAACAUGUGGAGUCUUUUUACGUGCAAGGCUUAUUCUUCCUGGUUUCUUAAAUAUUUGAUAUUUGUGUCGUAUAAAAGAAACAUAAAACUCGGUAUAGAUCCUAGAUCUCACUCUGUUAUGAUUUUAAAUUGGCCAAUAUUAAUGGCUCUGACCACAUAAUUUGUAAUUUUUAGAAAUGUUUGAUUUUGUUUAAUUUGUAAAAUCAUUUGCUCACUCAUAAUUGAUGAUUGUGAACUUGAUAUAUAUAUUCAAAUCAUUUUACCUAUAAUCCUUAAGCCCGAAGCACAAACUUCAAUACUACCAUAACUAUCCACUUAAGGAAUGGAUUUUACCACUCCAUAUUUGUAUAUCAUGAUGUAAAAUGAUCAUGUUCAUCACCUACCUUGAAAAGAAUAACAUGUAGUCAUAUAGAGCAACCGAAAAGGGAAAUGAAAGAAUAGGGCAGAGAAUCAAAAUUAAGACUAAGAAGUCACUUAUGCAUGAUCUAGUUGGAUUUACCAAAUAAAUCAGUGGUCUUUCGAUGCAAAUCACACUUUUAUUCCACUGUGUUGUUGUGCGUGCCAUGAUAUGAGCCGCUUCAUUGGCUUCUCGUCUAUUAUGAGAACAGACUCCUCUCCGAGGCCUGCAAGAGACGCUUUAUAUUCCUUCAAACCACCCCUAUCUCAUAUCGAGAGUACUCCCGGGUUGUGAAACUUUUGUGCUAAAGACAAAGCAAUCAAUCAAUUUCCAUAGUCGGAUUUGACAGCUCAAAUUGGUGUGUGAGAUGAGCACCCAGCUCGGCAGCUAAUGCCUCUGCCAUCUCACGCUGCGAUGAAUUUCCCUCAUUCGUUUGGUCAUUAUAUAGUAGUGUCUUAAAGGCAAGUAUAAGAGAAUCGAAACCAUGAUUCUUUUUUUUUUAUAAGUCACUUUCAGCAAGACUGCAUGAAGUAAUACACAGUAAAUGGAGCAAUAACAAAAGACAACCACGUAUAAAAGCAUUUAUUGGGCACCUAAUGAAAAAGAGUUAAACUUUGAGCCAAGGAAAACAACAAAAGACUUAGAAAAUCUCUGUUUCUUUUGAUAUAUCAACUAUGCAGUGUGCAACUCUGUUUGCCAGUACUAUUCAUUCAAUUCAUAACAGGCUUGAGAAUAUAAUGAAUGUCCUAUG